AUGGUUUCCUCUCUUUCCGCCGUGCGAUCCGUAGCAAGGGCCAUGCCCAGUCCUACCGGAAAGCGCUACCUCUCCGAUAUCUCCAUUACACGAACUGGAAAACCCGUUAUUCGAGUUGAGGGCCACACAGCGACUGUUUUCGGCGCAACCGGACAGCUCGGUCGUUACAUUGUGAACCGACUGGCCCGCCAGGGAUGCAAUGUUGUCGUCCCCUACCGUGAGGAGAUGUCCAAGCGCCAUUUGAAGGUCACUGGUGAUCUUGGCCGCGUUACCUUCAUCGAAUACGACCUCCGCAACACCCCUUCGAUCGAAGCCAGCGUCCGCCACUCCGACGUUGUCUACAAUCUUGUCGGCCGCGACUACCCGACCAAGAACUUCACCCUAGAGGACGUCCACGUUGAGGGAACCGAACGCAUUGUGGAUGCUGUCGCCAAGUACGAUGUCGACAGGUAUAUCCACGCCCAGGGAGAGGAAGUUGCGCGAAGCAUCUACCCAGAGACUACGCUUGUGCGCCCCGCCCCGGUGUUUGGUUUCGAGGAUAACCUUUUGCUGAGGCUGGCUUCGGUCCUCAACCUGUUCACAGCCAACAACAUGCAGGAGAAGUUCCGCCCUGUUCACUCAAUUGAUAUUGGAAUGGCCCUGGAAAAGAUGCUCUACGACGAGUCGACUGUCGGUCAGACAUUUGAGCUCUACGGACCCAAGGAGUACAGGCUGUCCGAGAUUGCCGCCAUGGUCGACAAGGAAAUCUUCCAGCAGCGUCGUCACAUCAACGUCCCUAAGGCCAUUUUAAAGCCUGUUGCCGGCUUCAUCAACAAGGUCCUCUACUGGAAGACGCUCUCAGCGGACGAGGUUGAGCGCGAGUUCCUGGACCAAGUCAUUGACCCAGAGGCCAAGACAUUCAAGGACCUGGGCAUUGAGCCCGGCGACAUUGCCAACUUUACCUACCACUACCUACAAGGUUUCCGUAGCCAGAACUACUACGAUCUGCCUCCGGCAACAGAGAAGGAAAAGCGGGAAGAGAAAAAGUACAUUCACGUGUUGGAUGAGCUGUGA